AAUCACUUGAUGGCUGCCAGGAAAGCAUUUGACAAAUUUUUCAUACACUACCCGUAUUGCUAUGGUUACUGGAAAAAGUAUGCAGACCUUGAAAAGCGACACGACAACAUUAAACAAUCAGAUGAGGUGCGUACAUCAGUGAAUACAGUUUUCUCUGUUAGGUACUGUAAGCCAAUUGAUAACAAACAGACUCUUUUUUUCUGGCUGGCAGUACCUACCAUUUAUGAUCAGACUUUUUUUAUAGGGUAUUUUAUUUGCAUUUGUCACUAUUGUGGCAUUUGUAGCUAAUAUUUUCUCUCUUUGUUGGCAGGUGCGUUAAACCUCUACAGUUUGUCAAGCUUUGCAGUGCAAGCCUCUGUAUUACACUGCAGCUUAACAAGUAGGGCAGGGCUUUUCUCUCACUUACAUUUAUUUCUCAAUUUCCAAACAAUAUAGUUGGUUUGCUAGUCACAUUUGCUACGUCUUAUUGCAUUUUUGGUCAGACGCUGUCAUUGAUGCUCUAAUGGGUCUGUGCCCUAUGGUCUGUAACCCAAAGCCUGCCCACACAACCCGGUCAGAAUGCAGGGACUGCUGCGCUUUGAAGAUCAAGACUCUGCACGUGGGGAUCAGAACAUUGCCAUGUUCUAUCCAACCUCCACCCAAAUGGUUUAUCGACGGGGGCUUCAGGCAAUACCUCUUAGUGUUGAUCUUUGGAUACAUUAUAUAAACUUCUUAAAAGAAACACUGGACCCUGGUGAUCCUGAGACAAACAGUUCAAUAAGAGGAACUUUUGAGCAUGCUGUUCUAGCUGCAGGAACAGAUUUCCGAUCUGAUAAAUUGUGGGAAAUGUAUAUAAACUGGGAAAAUGAACAGGGAAAUCUGAGAGAAGUUACAGCUGUAUACGACCGCAUUCUUGGUAUCCCAACGCAGUUGUACAGUCAUCAUUUUCAGAGAUUUAAAGAACAUGUACAGAAUAACUUGCCUAGAGAUCUUUUAACUGGUGAACAGUUCAUUCAGCUCAGAAGGGAAUUAGCUUCUGUAAAUGGACACAGUGGUGAUGAUGGACCUCCUGGUGAUGACCUUCCAUCAGGAAUUGAAGACAUCACUGAUCCAGCAAAGCUAAUUACUGAAAUAGAAAACAUGAGACAUAGAAUCAUUGAAAUUCAUCAAGAAAUGUUUAAUUACAACGAGCAUGAAGUUAGUAAGAGGUGGACAUUUGAAGAAGGUAUUAAAAGACCUUAUUUUCAUGUGAAACCAUUGGAAAAGGCCCAACUGAAAAACUGGAAAGAAUACUUAGACUUCGAAAUUGAAAAUGGGACUCAUGAAAGAGUUGUGGUUCUCUUUGAAAGAUGUGUCAUAUCUUGUGCCCUCUAUGAGGAGUUUUGGAUUAAGUAUGCCAAGUACAUGGAAAACCAUAGCAUUGAAGGAGUGAGGCACGUCUUCAGCAGAGCUUGUACUGUUCACCUUCCAAAGAAACCCAUGGCACACAUGCUUUGGGCAGCUUUUGAGGAGCAGCAGGGGAACAUUAAUGAAGCCAGGACUAUCUUGAGAACGUUUGAAGAAUGUGUUCUAGGAUUGGCAAUGGUUCGAUUGAGAAGAGUAAGUUUAGAACGACGACAUGGAAAUAUGGAAGAAGCUGAACAUUUGCUUCAAGAUGCUGUAAAGAAUGCCAAAUCAAAUAAUGAGUCAUCAUUUUACGCUAUUAAACUAGCCCGACAUCUUUUCAAAAUACAAAAAAAUCUUCCAAAAUCAAGAAAGAUACUUUUGGAAGCAAUCGAAAGAGAUAAGGAGAACACAAAGUUAUACCUCAAUUUACUUGAAAUGGAAUACAGUUGUGACCUCAAACAAAAUGAAGAAAAUAUCCUCAAUUGCUUUGACAAGGCCAUACAUGGUUCGUUGCCUAUUAAAAUGAGGAUUACAUUUUCCCAAAGAAAAGUGGAAUUCCUUGAAGAUUUUGGUUCAGAUGUUAAUAAGCUUCUGAAUGCAUAUGAUGAACAUCAAACACUCCUAAAAGAGCAGGACACCUUAAAAAGGAAAGCUGAAAAUGGUUCCGAAGAACCAGAAGAAAAGAAAGCACACACGGAAGAUAUGUCAUCUGCACAGAUCAUUGAUGGGGAUUUACAAGCAAAUCAAGCUGCAUAUAAUUACAGUGCCUGGUAUCAGUACAAUUAUCAGAAUCCUUGGAAUUAUGGACAGUAUUAUCCUCCACCUCCAACAUGAUGGAAAAAACAAAUUUCAGAUUGGGUUAUAUGAAAAAUGUGGAAUUAUUUUUUUUGAAGGAUGUAAACAUAGCAUAAGCUUGUUGUAUUUGAUAAUUUGUCUUCCCAGUUUCUGUGUAACAUUUGUUUAGUUAAUAGUAGAAAAUGUCAAUUAGUAGCGUACCAUAAAAAUUUUCCUACCACUUUUAAAAUUUACUUUUUAUUGGAGAACUAUUUUUUUUAUUUUUAUUUUAUCUUAUUUUCAUUAAGUGGUCUAGAAUUCUUUUGCAGCUCAUGCAAGAGAUUUGUAGCCUGUAAGACUGACUACAAAUCAUGUCAGUUACAAAAUUCUGGGAAAAAAAAAA